AUGAUGGCCUUACGCGGAUCACUAGGACCUCUGGCCCGAGUGUCGGGCCUUCUUGCAAGGGCGCCUGUCUUUGUGACUCCAGGAUUGCAACUCGCUCGCCAGAUGGCACAGCGUGCAGAGCCGACACCUCCCAAGAAGCCUCUGACCGCCUACUUCUUGUGGUUGAAUGAGAACCGAGCACGCAUUGCUGGAUCUCUUGGCGAGGACGGCAAGAAGGUGACGCUGGUGUCCAAGGCUGCUGGUGCAGAGUGGAAGACGCUGUCCGACAAGGUCAAGAAGCCCUUUGCGGACACUGCAGCCGAGCUUAAGGCGGACUUCCUGGCUAAGAAGGAAGCCUUCGAAAGACAAGGGGGGGUCAUGCCAGCGAGGAAAAGCAAGAAGGCUGCAAAGGCUACAAAGGCCAAGAAGACGAAGGACCCGAGUCUGCCCAAGCGUCCGAAGAACGCCUACAUGUUGUGGUUGGACGACCACAGGAAGGAAAUCUCAGAUGCACUAGGACCUGGACACCAUGUGAAAGAGGCGUCGCUGUUGAAGCCGGAAAGAGGUGGAGAACGUGUUCGGACGCCGAAAAGAACUGAUGGCAGGGACGCACAGCUUUCACAGGUGGACGUGCGUUGCAAGAAAGAGUGCCCUGCAGCUGUGCAGUCCUGCGUUGAGCUGUGGGAGAAGGAAGCAUGUCCUGAAGUUUCGAGCGGGCCCUUUUCGGGCGCUGCACAGCUGCCGGCACAGCGCUUGCUGCAGCGCACAGUUCCCCGAUGGGGCUCGGACCUCUGGCCCGAGUGUCGGGCCUUCUUGCAAGGGAUGGCGCUGCGUGCAGAGCCGACACCUCCCAAGAAGCCUAUUCUCAGCGCCUACAUCUUGUGGUUGAAUGAGAACCGAGCACGCAUUGCUGGAUCUCUUGGCGAGGACGGCAAGAAGGUGACGCUGGUGUCCAAGGCUGCUGGUGCAGAGUGGAAGACGCUGUCCGACAAGGUCAAGAAGCCCUUUGCGGACACUGCAGCCGAGCUUAAGGCGGACUUCCUGGCUAAGAAGGAAGCCUUCGAAAGACAAGGGGGGGUCAUGCCAGCGAGGAAAAGCAAGAAGGCUGCAAAGGCUACAAAGGCCAAGAAGACGAAGGACCCGAGUCUGCCCAAGCGUCCGAAGAACGCCUACAUGCUGUGGCUGGACGACCACAGGAAGGAAAUCUCAGAUGCACUAGGACCUGGACACCUUGUGAAAGAGGUCGCUGUUGAAGCCGGAAAGAGGUGGAGAACAUGUUCGGACGCCGAGAAGAGCCCUUACGUGGCGAAGGCAUCUGAACUGAAGCAGGCUUACAACAAGCAGAAGCAAUGA